AUGGAGAAAUUAAGACACAUACAAAGUUAUUUCGUGGAUCAAAAUUUUAUUGAAGCGAUGAAAUUUAAACUUCACAAUCAGAUGACUUUCAACCCAUUUAAGUUGGACACGUACAAAUCCAACUCAUAUAAAACACUCGGAGGAAGUUCCGAUCAAAGGAUAGAUAAAGCGGAGGAAUGGAAAAGAAAGGAAUGGGUCCAAUGGAUGAUGAAGUUAGAAGUAGAUUGGAAAGAGUUCAACUUACAAAUAGAAGCAGAGAAAAAAGCAUGGAUUGAUGAGAAAGAACAAGAAUGGAUUCAAUGGUUAAAAUAUGAACAAAAGAAAUGGUUACACUUUAACCCUAAUUUAGAUUCAGAAUAUAAAAUAAAUUUUUUUGAAAAAUCUGAAACAUGGGAUGAUAGCCAAUGGAAAUUAUGGAUAUCAACUGAGGGAAAACAACUUUUAGAAGUGGAUUUAAAAAAUUGGCUUUCCGAAAAUGAAACCAUAUAUUGUAAAUGGACUUUAGAUGAAUGGAAUGAAUGGAAAAAUAAUAAAAUUAAAGAAUGGAUAACAACAAAUUGGAAAGUCAAUGAAGAUCAGUAUUGGUCCAAAUAUGAUGAUGUAUCAGCACUAGCCUUAACACCUUUGGAGAAAAAUCAAUUUUAUAAAUGGAAAGAAAGAAUAUUUAGGGAAGGUAUUGAAUGGAAGAACUGGUCCGCUAUUAAAGAAAGUAAAUAUAUUAAUAGUAACUGGAACGCUUGGUCCGAAUGGAAAAAUGAAAAACUCAUGCUGUUUAAUCAUUGGGUCAACAGCUUUGUGGAAAAAUGGGUUAGACAAAGACAGUGGAAUGUGUGGAUUGAUGAAAGAAAAAAUAUGUUAGUAAAUGAGAAAACAACUGGGGAAACAGUAAGAGAAAAAGUGGGAUUAACACUGGAAGAAAAAUUGGGAGAAAAGUUGGAAGAAAAAGUGGGAUUAACAUUGGAAGAAAAAUUGGGAGAAAAGUUGGAAGAAAAAGUGGGAGUAACUCCUGCUUCGGAGAUCUUACUUCAGAGUGCUUCCGUGCAAUAA